AUGAAGAAUGAAGAGAAGGAAGAGAGCAGGGUGGACCCAAUCCCUUAUGACACUCCCAAACCAGCAGGACACACCAGGUUUGUGUGUGUGUCCGACACGCACUCGCGCACAGACGGCAUACAGAUGCCCUACGGCGACGUGCUGCUGCACACGGGCGACUUCACCGAGCUGGGCCUGCCCUCCGAGGUUAAGAAAUUCAACGACUGGCUAGGUGGCCUCCCGUACGAGUUUAAGGUGGUGAUCGCCGGAAACCACGAACUGACCUUCGAUAAGGACUUUAUGGCCGAGCUGGUCAAGCAGGAUUACUACCGAUUCCCCUCAGUGUCCAAACUCAAACCCGAGGACUUUGACAAUGUCCAGACGCUGCUCACAAACUGUGUGUACCUGCAGGACUCGGACGUCACCAUAAAGGGAUUCCGGAUAUACGGAGCACCGUGGACUCCGUGGUUUAACGGCUGGGGGUUCAACCUGCCUCGAGGUCAGUCUCUGCUGGAUAAGUGGAAUCUGGUCCCUGAAGGCAUCGACAUCCUGAUGACCCACGGACCUCCGCUCGGUUUCAGAGAUUGGGUUCCCAAAGAGCUGCAGCGGGUCGGCUGCGUGGAGCUUCUCAACACGGUCCAGAAGAGAGUGAGACCCAAACUUCAUGCUUUUGGAGGCAUACAUGAAGGCUACGGGAUCAUGACGGACGGCUACACGACGUUCGUCAACGCGUCCACCUGCACCGUCAGCUUCCAGCCCACCAACCCCCCCAUCGUGUUCGACCUGCCCAACCCCUCCAGCUCCUGAGACCAGAGGGGGGGGGGAGACGGAGGGGCAGAGGGAGGGAGUAAAAAUGUUUUUUUCUAUAAAUAUGUCAAGUUAAAAAAAAAAAAAAUCUAAGUGUUUCUUUGCAAACAUUUGGUCUUCUCUAAGCUGUUGUUGAAGUUGAGAAGAUUUGGAGACAUUGGGGGGGAGGCGGGGGGGGGUUAUCUGGGAGGGUUAAAGGAGAAUAACGGUGUUUACAUUUCUUUUUUUGUGCCAACAGUGCUGCUUCCCCUCUCACAUUUAUGUUAACGCCUCACGUUAAGCGUAGAAACGGCUUCAUUUCCUGAUUCCAACCGGGCAAAGUUAUUUCAUCAGAACCCUUUAUCCGUUCUUUUUUAAGGAAGUUCAACAUCCAGUUCAGGAAAUCCUCCACAAAAUGUGUCGCUGUAGCGCGUAACCAUAAAAAAAUGUAACCCCCAAUUUCCACAAACUCCUUGCACAUCAGCACCACGGUUUUGCUCCUUCGGACGGCGGGCGCACUGCCUCACUGAGUCCGUUUCUGGAACAGCUGUACUUUACACACAUCACAGGAGAACAGCAAGAACAUGUGGGAGUACAGAAAAAAACAUGCAAACAACAUGUUUCUUUUGUCUACCUGAGGAUGAUUUGUUGUUCAUUUGGUGUUUUGACGUUAAGUUGAUUCAGUGACGGAAAAAAAACGAUCGUAUAUUUUGUAUUAUUUUGAAAAUCCUUCCUGUCUGGCUCGAUGUAGUCUGUCCAGCUUGACGCGUCACCUGCAGCGCACUCCAUCGAAAAUAAACUCGCAGCGAAAUUAGAAACGGAGCAGAGCGGAGUGGUGCUGCUGGCUCGCUUCAGAGAGGGACGCCGGCGCUCGCUGUGGAAACCAUCUUUGACUAGAGUGGCAGCGAACGAAGGCGUAGUGCGCGGCGCUGGCGGACCACGGUGCGCACAGAGUAUGUGAAAAUUGGGGAUAAGAGUGAUGACUGAAGAGGGUUUCCUGCUGGAAUAAAAGAUAAAUAUUUUAUGAAAAGCUGCUUAAUUUCAUGGGAAGUUGUGAUUGUUUUUUUAUUUAUUUAAAUUUUCCAACUUUAUUUGUGCUUAAUCACGACAAAUCAAAAUGAUUUUUGACCCUUUUCAGAGCAGAAUCUGCCUGUCGUUCUUUGUUUGGACCGUUUAUAUAUAAAUAAAAAUAAUCAUUAAAGUCUAAAGAAGUUCAGCUUGUGAUGAGAAAUUAAUUUGAGAGGGGAGAGUGACGCUGCGCUGAGAAACACCGCUAUUCUCCUCCUCCUUUUUUUUUUUUUUUUUUUUUUUGAGGGUUUUGUGGUUAAACAAUCUUGCUCUUGAUAAAUAUUGGUCAGACCUGUAAGAUAAAUGAUGCUUUGUGAAUUUGUACAAUUUCUCUCUGUUUGGUUUUGCAUUGGCCGGACAGCGGAUGCCAUUGUUUUUAUGUUGUAUCUACCAUCAUGAUAUUUUGUGUUUAGCUCUUCUUUCUUUUUUUUUAUCUCGUCAGUUGCUCUUCUUUCUUAUUGGCUGACAGGGACGCUGCCUUAAACUAGCUUUAAUGUUCUCACAGCUAGAGCCCCUUCCCCCCCCCCCACCCAAUCUCUGCGAGCUCAGAGAAAAAAAAAGUCCUUAUUUAUUACCCAUCAUCCCGCAGGACAACACCUGACCGACGACGCAGGGACGGAAAGCUAACGAAUCACAGCCCGACACGUUCACUCUCUUAACAUCUCAUUCUGGAUUUCUGAUCUAAUUUGGAAAUGUAUGUAUAAAAUAUAUAAAUAUAUAUUCUAUAUUCAUGUUGUAAAACAUCUGUACGAAAAGUUGUGUUUGGAAAAAAAAAAAGAACAUCUGGUGAAUUGUUUUUUUUUUGUACGCGCCUGUAUGAUGGCGUUUCCCGCUCGUCGCUCUUCAGACGUUUCUUUCCUGUUUUUUUGGGUAAACGUUCAUUUUGGAUGAGAGAGGAGACUUUUAGUCAGAGUCACAAUCCAACAGGUGCUGCUUGUUCCCAACAACACGCCUGCCUAAACAUGCUUAUGUUGUCCUUUAAAGUGUAAAUCUGAUAGUAUUUGUGUUCUAUUGCUCUUGUUUUUUUUUCUUCUUCUAAUUUUGCACUGUGUGUAAAUGCAAUCUUGCUAGCACAAAAAAAAAUGUUGCCAAUAGUUGUCUGAACUCUGCCGCUGUAAAUGCUCUUUCUGUGCUCUGUUCCUCUCUCUCUCUCUCUCUCGCUCUCUCUCUCUCUCUCUCUCUCUCUCUCUCUCUCUCUCUCUCUCUCUCUCUCUCUCUCUCUCUCUCUCUCUCUCUCUCUCUCUCUGAUUGUACCCCUCUUCAUGGAAAUGUUAGUUCUCUUUUUCAGUUCAUUGUGAUAUAUUUAGCUGCCUUUAUAUGCAAAUAAAAUUGCAAGAUUUUUACUUAUCAAGAUCUGUCUUGAUUUUUGUUUUUUCAUUUUUAUAUAAAGUGUCCCAAACCA